GCAGCAGCAGCAGAGGAAGCAUGCAGCUGCAGCUUGUUGUUGUUUUUAUUUCAGUAACAAACAAAUAAAAACAGUUUGUUGACUUCUUUUAAAGAAGUUCAAUAAAACCGGAAACGUCACUGAAGCGUUAGCUGAUGAGUUUCCCGCGUAAAGCUGCGUGUUUCUGAGGGUUAGCCGUUAGCUUCGUUAGCGCCGUUAGCCUGCCGGGACUUCAGGGGAAGAUGGGCCGAGGAGAGACUCCGACCCGCGGCCGCCACCCGCCAGGCCCCCCGGGGGACGUCAUGGGCCCUCCGCCGGGAUGGGGCCCCCCACCACCGGGAGGCUGGGGCCCUCCGCCUCCAGAAGGAUGGCCCCUGCCUCCUGAGGAAUGGGGCCCCCCGCCACCGGAAGGAUGGGGACCCCCACCACCGGAUGGAUGGGGCCCCCCACCACCGGGAGGCUGGGGUCCUCCCCCGCCCGGUGGAUGGGGCCCCCCGCCACCAGAGUGGGGCAUGAGGAGACCUCCGUCCCCUGGCUGGGGACCCAGAGGACCCCCGCCGCCAGGCUGGGGGCCCCAUCCAGAUGACUGGAUGCACCCCCCUGAAGACUGGGGCCCCCGACCAGAGGACUGGAGGCCCCCCCACCCCGACGAAUGGAGGCUUCACUGUGAUGCCUGGAGGAGGUACCGUGAAGAAUGGAGGCACCCGGAGGACUGGGGCCCCGACCGGCCGCUCCCUCCCCAUGGCUGGGGGCCUCCCGGUUGGGGUCCAGAGGGACCGCCUGAGCCGUGGAGCCGCGAGCCCGGACCCGGACCCGUCCCUCCCCCGGCUCUGCCCCCCCCUCCUCCCGUCGCCUUGCCUCCUGUGGACCCUGCAGCCUACGGGCCGGUGCCGGGGCCAUCGGGCCCCCCGCCGCCGGCCUGCGUCCCUCCAUUCGGAUUCCCGGGGUUCCCCCCCCCCGCCUGGACUGGAGAGACUGUUCCUGUUGUUGAGGAAGUGAUGCCGAACCCGCCUCCAGACCAGCCGGAGUGGAUCAAAGCUUUGAUUUCUGCUCCUGGUUCUGAUUCGACGCCGGCCGACUUAAAGACGGCCAAUAAGACCUCGGAGGAGCUGCCUGUCACUCAAACUCCUGCUGCUGACCCCGCCCCCUCGCCCGUAGCCCCGCCCCCCUCCAAACCCAAACCCGAACCCUCAAAGAGCUCCAAGCCCUUCGGCCUGCUGGGGAAGCGCACGUUUGAUAAGCCUCCGCCGGGAAGAUCCACCGGCAUCAUCUCCUUCGUCGGGCCGAGUUUCGGAUACAUCGAGAGAGAAGAUCUGGAGAAGUUCACCUUCAGCUUUCAGGCGUUCUUCGGGAACCCGCAGGCCAUGACGCCCGGGGUCAGAGUUCACUUCACCGCCUGCAAGGAGAAGCAGAACAGUUUGAUAGCGACGGACGUGAAAGUGGCUCCAGGUGGAACCGAGAACGUGGACACGGAGAUCUACGAGGCCGUGGUCGGUCAGCCAAUCGCAGAGCCGCAGCCCGGCGAGCGGCAGUUCCCGGGUCAGGUCCACGUGGACAUCGGCCAGCUGAGGACCAACCUGAAGUUCGACAGGAAGGACAGCACGGUGACGCUGCUGAAGAACGACCAGGUGCUCAUCAACCUGCUGACCGACAUCGUCACCGAGAAGAGACGAGCCACCAACAUCAAACCCAAAAUCCCAGCAACCUUCAGCCACACCAAAGAGACCCGAGAGACGGGCACCAUCCUCAGCCUGAAGGACAGCGAGGGCAUCAUCAAGUCUGAGGAACACGGCGAGCUUCCCUUCGACAUCAAAGAGAACUUCAGCGACAUCGAGUUCACGUCAGAGGACGUCAACGAGGAAGUGGAGUUCACCGUCGCCUCACUGAGAACGGGGAAGAAGGCGAUCCGGAUCCGCCGGGUGAAGGAGCCGCUGCUCCUGACGCUCUGCAGCGCCGCCGCAACCGAGGAGGAGGACACAGCCAACAGUAACCAUGACGACCGGCAGAUGAAAUCGAGAGCAAACGCCAAGCUGGAGCUAGGAGCCAAAAUGGUGCUCGACCCCGAGCUGUACGAGGGCGUCGUCAGCCAGCCGAUCAUCGAGCCCACGCCCACCAUGCAGGGUUACCCGGGUCAGAUCCAUGCCAACAUCGGCCCGGUCAGGACCAACGUGACCUUCGACCACAGAGACUGCGGCGUCACGCUGCUGAAGAACGACCACGUGCUCAUCAACCUGCUGAUCGACACAGUGACGAGGAAGAGGAGGGCGGCCAACAUCAGGCCCAAAAUCCCGUUCACCUUCGACUACACCAAAGAGAAGAGAGAGCUGGGCAUCAUCACCAAGCUCGGACCAGACGAAGGCGUCAUCAACUCUGACGAUCACGGAGAACUUUCCUUUGACGUGUGCGAGAACUUCAGCGACACCGAGUUCAACGCCAACGACGUCCACAAAGAGGCGGAGUUCACGGUCGGCCUGGGGAAAUCGGGCAAGAGAGCGAUCAGACUGAGGAGGACGAAGAUGAUCGAAGACAAAAUCCUGAACGAGCAGAAGAGACGAGAGGAGGAGGAGAAGAAGAGGAAGAAACGGGAGGAGGAGGAGAGGAAGAAACAGUCGGAGGUCGAGGAGCAGAGGAAGAGGAGUGAUGAGGAGCAACUGAAGGAGUCGGAGAGGAAGAAGAAGGAGGAAGUGGCGGCGGUGCUCGCAGCAGCCAAACACAAGUGGACGCCGCUCGGCUUCAAAAUAAGAGACCCCGACACGCUGGACGAAAUCAGCAAGGAGAGAUUCGAAGGCACCGUCCUCAAAGCCAUCAGCAGAACUCGUAAGGAGAUCAAGAUCAAGAAAGACCCGGAGGAGAACGAGGGAGGAAGAGGAGAUGAGGACGGACAGAUUAAAAUUAAAGUGGAGAAAAUGGACGAGGACGAAUCGGCAGAAACAAAACCUGAAUGCGAAGGAGGCAAGGAGGUAAAGAAGGAGGAGCAGCCGGCUGCAGACGGAGGAGCAGUGAGGAGCAGAGACUCAGAGAUGGGCCGGCUGGUGAUGACCAUCGACGGUCAGCAGAAACAGCUGCAGUUCAGAUACAGUGACCUGCUGACCAGCGCCACCAUGCUGGACGGAGACAAGGUUCGGUUCAACAUCGCCACUCAUCCAGAGACCAAAGAGGAGCGAGCGGCCUAUGUGGAGAUUCUCCCCGACUCCUUCGAAGAGUCGACCGAGCAGCGCAGACACGGCAUCGUCAUCGAGUUUUCGGAGAACUCGGGGCUCAUCAAGUGUUCCCAGAAUCCUCAGCUCUACUUCAGCAUGUCCGAGGUCAUCGAGAAGAAAAGACUGGAGCUGAACGAGAAGGUCGAGUUCAGCGUCAUCCCGCAUGAAACAGCAGAGGGGGGGCACCAGGCCAUCAGGAUCAAACGUUUCACCGAGAGUGUUUUCCUCCCCGUCCGUAAGCUGGGCGGCGUUGGUGCCAACAAAGGAAAGAUGACCAUCAAGCUGGCAAAGACUGAAGAUGCAGAGAAGGAAAAACCAGAGACAGACAAGCUGAAGGCUGUUGUGAAGAAUCUCAGAGCGCAAGACAGCAAGACCUCAAUCAACAGAAAGGAUUACGGUGCCGCUCGCCGUAGAUAUGGCCGUAGCAGAAGCAGGAGUAGGAGUAGGAGUAAAGGCAGGAGUAAGAGUAGGAGCAGGAGUACAAGUAGGAGCAGGAGUCCACCCAGAGACAAGUUUGGACGUAUCAUUAAAAGCAAACGCAGCACCAGCAUCGACCAUGACCGUAAACCCAGCAGGUACAGGCGAAGCCGAAGCCGCGAACGCUCACGCAGGCGUACGAAAAGCCGCAGCAAGAGUCGCAGUCGCAGCAAGAGCCGCAGCAGGAGUCGCAGCAGGAGCAAGGACCGGGUAGUCAAGAAAAGGAGCAAAAUCAGCAGGGAGCGGGAAGAAACUCACAAGAGGAGGAGGGAGGUGAGUCCUACUCCUCCUCCCAGGCGUAUGGGAGGAGUUAUGGAUGACGAGCUGGCGAGGAAGAAGCGGGAGCUGGAGGAGCUGAACGAGAUGAUAGCCUACAAGAAGUCGCUUGUGGAUCCGGGACAGAGGACGUGCAUAGACUACGAUCACGGCAGGAUCGCUGUCCCGCUCACAGAGUACAAACCAGUUCGAUCUAUUCUCAAGAAACGACCGGAGGGACCCGAGUACCACCCUCGUCCUCCUCAACCGUAUAAUGACCCUUAUUAUGAGAGUCCGUAUGGUCAGUAUGAAGACCGGCGGUAUGGUGAGGUUUAUGGUGAGCGAUACGGUGAUUCCUACACCAGCCGACCUUAUGCUGAACGUCCGUACGCCGAGCGGCCCUACGCUGACCGGCCUUACGAAAGCCGCCCCUACACCGAACCUCCCUAUGAAGGCCCUCCGUCUGCCAGCCGCCGUUACACCGACCGCUACGAUGUUUAUGAUGAACCCUUUGAGGAUCGAUACUAUGACCCAGCGUAUGCGGACCGACCGUAUGAUGAUCGAUACCAUCCUGUCAAACGGAGCCAGUCUCCAGAACCCCAUGAUCCCUCAUCUUCCUCUCAGCCCAGUAAAGUUCCUAGCACCUCCACCCAACCUCCCAUGACUCAUUCGGCUAUUCCUUCAUCUUCCCAACCGCAUUUCAGACCUCCUUCCCCCACAGAACCUCCUCCUAGAAGCCCCUCUCCCAAAAUGAAUAUACCACCACGUCUGUCACCUCCAGUUGAGAAACCCCCCCUUGAUCGCUUUCUUGCCAUGCUUAAUAAGAAGGUGGAUGCUGAAAAGAAAUCGGAACCUGUUUAUGUUCAUGAUGACCUUUUGCCUCAUGAGCGGGCGCUUCAAGAUGGCAGGGGCUUCUCUCGGAUUGUGGGAUUGGCUCAAGAGCAACCCAGCAGUAGUGUAGCCUUAGAAAGGGAAAAGAAACAACCGAGCCCCAAGCAGUCCUCAGUAGAAAGAACAAGUGAGGAACCUAAGAGCAACACAGAACCAUACGACAAGAUCCAGAGUCUGCUCCGUACAAUUGGACUCAAGCUGAGUACAGGAGAUGUGUCCAAACUGGCGAGCCGCGCCCAGGAGAAAAUCUACAGUCCGAAGUCCUCAUCCACAGAAAGAGACUUGUCAUCCCCACAGGAGGAACAUCGAACAAGUAGAAGCAGUUCGAUUAAAUCGGAUCACAUCCAUUCCCCCUCCCCAGGCAGGUCCUCAAGUUUGGAGCCUCUCAGCAGACAUAAAGCUGUCUCUGAGUAUGGAGGGUUCCUUGACCAGCAGGAGCUGGAGGCGCUGCAAAGGGCACAACAGCUGCAGAGUCUGACCAAGACCAUGGAGAGCUCACCCUCCAUUAUUCCUCCCAAACCUCCUCCUGGGCCUCCACCUGCUCACUAUCAACAUCCAUCUCCACCAAUCAACUGGCCCCUUGGAUUAAACACUCAGAUUCCCCCAUUACAGAGCUCCACAAUCCCCCAUAUGGGCGCUCCUGCAGCAGGUCAGCCACCCCAGAGAUUUAGAUCUCUUCCAGGACCUCCUCCUGGACCUCCCCCUGGACCUCCUCCACGGCGUCCUGGACUGUCUCCUCCAGGACCGCCCCCUGGACCGCCACCCGGCCGAUCUCCUGGACACGCUUUCAUUCCAACUUCUAGUCAUGCAGGCUAUCCUUUUAUUGGUCAGCCUCCUGUAGCUCCACUUCCUGAUGCCUCCAGUCCUUCACAGACAUUAACCACUGCCUCAGUGACACCAUCAACACCAGCAACAUCAAAUCCCUCCAGUGAUGACCAGUCAGCCAUCUCUACAACAGUGGCCAGAUGCCUGAAAGUUAUUGAGACGGUGAAAUCUCUGGCUGGGCAGCCAUCAGCCAAACCAGUCAAGUCGGUCCAGUUCAGUUUACCCACAGAGUCUCCAUCAGCCUCCAGUUCUCACACCUCAGUAGACACAGAUGAUGACAUCAGAAACAAGCAGAAGGAGAAGCUGGACAUGUAUAACCAGAGGGUUAUGGAGAAGAGAGAGCAGCAGUUUCAGGAGAUGCUAGCCCGCAAGAAGGAGAAGAACAAGGAUGGAACAUGGAUCUCCCCAGGCAAACCGAUCAGCAGUGAGCCCAAGAACGUUUGGAUUUGUGGUCAUUCACUGGUUUACUGGGCGGAGUCACGAGCCAAAUCUCCAGAGGUAGGUAUGCAGUUGGGCAUGGACCCUAGCAAGGUGGCCAUCUGGUGGAAGGGCACCCAAGGCAUGACAUGGCCCCAGCUGCUGCCCCAGCUCCACCAGCUGAAAGUCACCUGGCCCAACCCAGAUGUCCUCAUCAUGCACCUGGGCGGCAACGACCUGAGUACUGACAGUCCGACGGACCUGCUGGCCUCCGUCAAGAAGGACCUGACCUCCAUGAGGAGCAUCUUCCCACAGUGCCUCCUCAUCUGGUCCAACAUCCUGCCCCGCAGGGUGUGGCGCCACUCUCCUGACAGCCACGAGGUGGAUCUGGUCCGAACCACUGUGAAUCGUAGAAUCCAGAGUAUCAUCUCCGAGCUGGGCGGCACCUCGCUGACCCACGAUAACAUCAGGUGUGGUGCGAACACGGGCCUGUACCGGCCCGACGGCGUCCAUCUGUCGCCUAAAGGGAUUGACGUUUUUAAUUUGAACCUGCAGGACUUUCUGGAGAAGUGGGAGAUGGAGGCCAACAAGGCCGCUGAGAUCAGUUAAAAGGUGGAUCUAUUUUUGUUGUUGUGUUUGUUUGUUUCUGUUAUUUACAGCGAUGCAGUUUAUGGAUUAAAAACUAAAGUAACUACAAGCUUCUUUUCACGUUAAUAAAAUAUCCAGUUUGUAGUUUUAGCCCUGACCCUGACAUGUAGAAGCUCCAGGCGGUUGUUUAACGUUUCUGUUUGACCUGAAACAAUAAAUUCAAUAUAAACUGA